CAUUGCACGCCGAGCGCCACUCGCGAAUAGAGCACGCCGAAGUGCGCGCGCAACGUGCGUUAGUGGAGUGUAUAUACACAUAAUCAUUGCAACUGUGAAAAAAUAUUAUAUAUCUAUAUUUCCUCAAAGUGCCUUCACCAGCGUUCAGGAUUAGGAGAUACCAAUAAGGCGAGAAACAAAAAUUAAGAUGGAGACUCCAAUUCUGCUGCCACUUAUCCUUUUAUUAGCCAUCGUCUAUAAUGCUCAGUGUGCGCCUUCGAGAAGAUCAAGGGCUGCGGCGAUCCCAGAGGAAACAGAUGUCGGCAGACAAAGCAAACUCGAAGACGAAUUUAAAGUCACGACCACGAAGACUCCAGCGGCUACAAAUAGAAGAAAUAAGGCAUUAAAUCUAUUCCGAGGCUUCUUUCCCUCUUUUCUCUCCUCAGGUCUUGAUUAUGCUGAGGAUGACGAUGAUGACGUCACUUUUGCAGUGAAUGAUGACCGUUUUGACGAAGAAGACUUAUCUCGGACAAUUCCAAACAAACGCAAGCAACAAAACAAGAAAAAGAAUGGCAAUUCGGAUUCCUAUCCAAACGACAACAUAAACUCCCUCCAGUAUGAUAAUUCUCCUAUUUUCUAUAUCAGAUUACCCCCCACUCCGUACAUGUUUGUGCCUGGAUUGGGUUACGUUUCUCAACCACCGUCUCUUGGGCCUAUGGCUCCUAUGCUGCCUCCAGGUGUUCCGCAGCAAGCUGAUCCCUUUAUAAACCUGCCCAUUGACUUCGUUUCCAAUGGAAAACCCACUGGAGUAUAUCAAUGGAGCGGUGCAGCAGGGUACCCUCCAGCUCCUCAAAUGGAUCCUUUCGGAUAUGGACCGUCCCCACCGGUUAUGCCACCAGCCCCUCGUCCAGAAUACAAACCAUCCUUCACCAAGCCAAAACCAGUUCCUACAAACUCCAAAAUCACGAAUCUCAAGGGACCAUAUGUUUUCAACGGAAAACCCAGCGAUAGCGUAUAUGUUCUUCGCGAUACUUACAAUUCAAUUUACUCGGAUGCCCUACAAAACUUCUACCCUUAAAAUAAUGUGGUAUUUUUAGUUAGUAAUAAUGGCUCGUAUCGAGUCCGAGUAUGUUUAGUUUACAGAUUCAAUACGUCAAGCAUCAUUCAUCCUUAAUUGUGAAACUUUUAGUUUGUAAUAUUCAAAAUGAAUGUACUAAACGACGUACAAAUGAUCUUCAUAUUUCAUAUCAUAUGAUUAUAAACAGUAAACAACAAGUAAAGUUUGUAAGUAAAAAGUAACAACAAGUAAAGUUUAACAUAAAAAAAUUAUUAUUGAUUUUAAGUAACGAAAUAAAAUACUCAUAUUUUUCAUGUUUACAACGACUGUAUACACUAUAAUUUUUUAAACUAGGUAACAUGAUUCAUUAUGCAAGUCUCUUGAUGCAUUUGAAUCUUGCUUUUAAUGACAAUGAAGACAUAUAUUUAAUUCACACUUUAAUUUAUUAGCACCUUAGCGUAAGUUGUAUCCGUCCAGUAAACAAAUAUUAGUUUAAUUUUUUAAAGUGUGAUCAUAGUGUUUCGAGUUGAAUAGAAUAUUUUUAGUAUUUAUAAAGAUGUGUCACAAACAUAAAUUAGCUAGUUAUUUUUAAUUUAUAAACGAAAAUACUUGUGCUGUUUUAUACAAAAUGUCGAAAAUUCGCCCUAACGAAUUUCUUAUUAAUUUAAUUAUUUAUAAUAAACUUAAAUUAAUAUAAUAGUUGUAAUAAACAAAAUAUUAUUGGAAAUAAAUACCUAUAAUUGCAUAAUA